AUCUCCUCUUAUCCCAGGAAACGGUAACAUCAAAUUUCAGUGGAUGAAUCAAGAUAGAAACAGGAGCAGUAUAUCGAAGAUUUCAGUAUUAAGUCCGUGGAUCCAUAACAUAAACAACUGAAAGCUCAAGAUGAAGACAAAUGGCCAUACAGAUGUCCAUGGCCCUGUGGCGGGGGUCUAUCUGAACAAGGCCAAAGAGAAGAUCUCAAUUUAUCAAGCCAUGAAGAAACGCCUGCUCAAACCUGCUACAGCUUUAGCUCUUCUUGAGGCACAGGCUGCGACAGUUGGGAUCAUCGACCCAGUGACCAACAAAACACUCCCUGUUACUGAGGCCCUCAAAGAAGGAAUAGUUGGGUCAGAGAUGAGAGAGAAACUCCUAGCUGCAGAGAAGGCCCUUAGUGGAUACAAAGACCCCUAUUCUGACCAAGAAAUAUCCAUAUUCCAGGCCAUGCAAAAAGAAAUAGUGACAAAGGAGUAUGGGUUAAGGCUACUUGAAGCUCAGAUUGCAACUAAAGGUGUAUACGAUCCCAUUGAGAAGGUGUGGAGGUCAGUUGACGAUGCUAUCCAAAAUGGGCUGUAUGAAAAAGGUUUGCUGAACAACGAGAUGUCAGAGCUCAAAGUAAUUUACAACCCAAACUCACAGGAAAACGUCAACUAUCAAAGUCUAAUGGAGAAGUGCAUAGUGGACCCAGACACAAGCCUUUUGCUGUUCCCAGUUUACAUCACUUUCAAAGGACUCAGAAAAGGAAUCUCAUCAACAGAACUGCUUGAAUCCAAGAUUAUUGACAAAGAAACAUUUGAAGAUCUACAAAAAGGCAAAACCACCACUCAGGAUGUCAUGUUACUGGAGUCAGUGAAGGAGUUCUUAGAGGGAAAAGGUAGUAUCGCUGGGAUUGCCAUACUCUCCAACAACAAAAGAAUGAGCAUCUAUCAAGCCAUGAAGCAAGGUAUACUGAUGCCUGGUACUGCCUUGGUUUUACUGGAAGCCCAAGCUGCAACUGGCUUCAUGAUUGAUCCUGUGGAGAACAAAAAAUACACUGUUGACGAGGCUAUUAAAAACAAAGUGGUUGGUCCAGAAUUCCACACCAAACUUAGAUCAGCUGAGCGAGCAGUCACUGGAUACAAUGACCCAUACACAGAUGAAACAAUCUCCCUGUUCCAAGCCCUGUCUAAGGAUCUCAUUGUAAAAGAUCAUGGCAUUCGUCUACUGGAAGCUCAAAUUGCAACAGGCGGGAUUAUCGAUCCAAUCAACAGCCACAGACUCCCAACUGAAGUUGCUUUCAAAAGAGGCUAUUUUGACGAAAACAUGAACUCCAUCUUGGAAGAUUCAGGAGAUGACACUAAAGGAUUUUUUGACCCAAACACAGAAGACAAUCUCACUUACCUCCAGCUGAUGGAGAGGUGUGUAAUUGACCCCAUGACCGGACUGUGCCUCCUUCCUCUUCAUGAUAAAAAGGGUGGAAAAAACUUUAACAUAGUCUUUAUUGAGUAUGAUGUAAAACUUGCCUUCAAAAAAGAGAUGGUAAAAGUGAACUACGGCAAAUAUGCAGGCCUGACCGUGUCUCUGUGGGAAUUGCUCAUGUCUGAAUACUUUGACGAGCACCAGCGACGGGAUAUUAUUCAAAAAUACAAAGAUGGAACACAUGACAUGAAGACAAUUGUAACCAUGGUUUUAGAAAUAAUUGAGAAGUCAGUCAAAACAACAGAAGUGGUCUUUGAAGGCAUUCGAGAAACAGUCACUGGGCAACAGCUUGUGGAAGCAGAUAUUAUAACUGCUGAUGUUUUAGACGAUUUACAAAAGGGUAAAAAAACAGUCAAAGAAUUGGCAGAGGAUGAAACUGUCCAUGUCUAUCUACAAGGAAAAGACUGCAUCGCCGGUGUUAUUCUCCCCAACUCCCAAAUUAUGACAAUUUAUCAAGCAAGAGAGGCUAGACUGCUGAUGCCUGGAACAGCACUGAUUCUACUGGAGGCACAAGCAGCAACAGGAUUUAUCAUUGAUCCCAUUAGAAAUCGAAAGUUCUCUGUUGAUGAUGCUGUUAAAGCCAAGAUUGUGGGUCCUGAUAUUUGCCAAAAGUUGCGUUCGGCAGAAAAAGCUGUAACUGGAUACAUAAAUCCCUAUGAUGGUAAAAAGAUUUCACUCUUUCAAGCCAUGCAAAAAGACCUAAUCAUUAAAGACCAUGGUAUCCGUCUUCUUGAGGCGCAAAUUGCAACUGGGGGCAUUAUAGACCCUGUAAACAGCCUUCGUAUCCCUGUUCAUGUGGCGUACAAGAGAGGAUACUUCAAUGAGGAAAUGAAUGAAAUCCUUCUUGACCCAAGUGAUGACACCAAGGGAUUCUUUGACCCAAACACCUACGAAAACCUGACGUACCUGCAGCUUUUGUCCAGGUGCAUUACAGAUCCUGUGACAGGUUUGUGCCUCCUUCCACUAAGAGGAAAAGAGAAAAGAGUUAACAUUGAUGACAACAUGAGGGAAAUCUUCUCCACAACUAUUGUGAUUGUUAAAUAUGGGCGUUUUAGAGGCCAGCACACAACCCUGUGGGAGCUGAUCAACUCAGAAUACAUCUCAGAAGAAAAAAGACAAGAGUUUUUCAGGCUCUUCAGAUCAAAGAAAAUCACAGUUGAUGAGCUAAUUACAAUAAUUCUGGAGAUCAUUCACACCAAAGAGCUAAAACAGCGAGAAGGAAUGACCUUUGAAUGUCUCAGAGGAAAAGUUUCAGCUAUGGAUCUUUUGGAGCUUGGAAUCCUGGAUGAAAAGAGCUACCACUGUUUGCUCGAAGGAAAGAUAUCAAGCAAAGAUAUAGCUGACAGACUAAAAGAUUAUCUUAAAGGAAAAAGUUGCAUUGCUGGAGUGCUUCUUGAAGAAUCUAAAAAGAAAGUGAAUAUCUGUGAGGCACAAAGAAUUGGCAUACUUACCCCUGGCACUGCCUUAUGUCUUUUGGAAGCACAAGCAGCUACAGGUUUCAUCAUUGACCCAUUGAAGAACCAAAAGCUAACCGUGGAACAGGGCCUCAAAGAAAAGAUAAUUGCACCACAGAUGUAUGAAAAGCUGUUGUCUGCAGAAAGGGCAAUAACUGGUUACACUGAUCCCUACAGUGGACAAAAGAUUUCUCUCUUCCAAGCCCUCAAAAAGGAUCUAAUUGUGAAGCAGCAUGGCAUCCGUUUGCUUGAAGCACAGAUUGCCACCGGUGGAAUCAUUGACCCACUGAAAUGUCUUCACCUGCCUCUUGAUGUGGCAUACAGGAAGGGGUAUUUUGAUGAAGAAAUGAACCAAAUUUUGAAUGACCCAAAUGAUGACACAAAGGGAUAUUUCUUCCCAAAGACAUCAGAGAAUCUCACCUACCUGGAGAUGUUGAAGCGAUGUGUCAAAGAUGAGGAAACAGGGCUAUAUCUCCUUCCAGUGAGUGACAAGCCUGAAGCAAAAGAGACGAAAGUGUACACACUGGAAGAGAUCAAGAAAGAAUUUGAAAAGAUAUCAGUAAAUGUGAAAGUGGAUCGAUAUGCUGGAAAAUCAGUGUCAUUGUGGGACUUGAUUCACUCAAGGUACUUUACUGAAGACCAACGCAAUGAGUUCAUUGAAAAAUACAGGACAGGCACAAUGACCACACAGACCAUUAUCACAAUAGUCAUUUCUACCAUUGAAAAACUAGAGAACAGUGAAAUUCCUCAAACUGUAAUGGGUCUAAGGAAGCCAGUGUCUGCACGGGAAUUACUAGAGAGUGAAAUUAUUAAAGAGGACACAUUCAAAAAGAUACAGGAGGGAGCGCUCACCUUUCACACAGUGACUACGUGGGAAUCUGUGAUGACGUACCUAAGGGGGACCGGAGCAAUUGCUGGAAUAAAAAUGCAUCCAUCAAACAAGGUUAUGAGCUUUUAUGAGGCAAAAAAGCAGGAUCUGCUGACUCCAGGUAUUGCAUUGCUCCUACUUGAAGCCCAGGCUGCAACAGGUUGGAUUAUAGAUCCCAUCAGAAAUAAAAUCUUGACUGUGGAUGAUGCUUCUAAAGAAGAGGUGAUUGGACCUGAUAUGUAUGAGCAGCUUCUCUCAGCUGAAAGAGCAGCGAUUGGAUACAAAGACCCAUAUACUGAUACUACUAUAUCCCUGUUUGAGGCAGUGAAUGAAGAACUGAUACCGAGAAGCGAUGGUAUUCGUCUUCUAGAAGCACAAAUGGCAACUGGUGGAAUUAUUGAUCCAAUUCACAGUCACCGGUUACCCCUCAAAGUUGCUAUUAAAAGGGGAUAUCUUGAUGAAGAAACAAACAAAGUUCUUCUAAACCCAGAUGAGGAGCAAAAGGGAUAUUUUGACCCAAAUACCAAAGAUAAAGUGACAUACCUUGAGCUGAUCAAAAAAUCUGAGAAAGAUGCUGAGACUGGCCUAUUUCUGCUACCUCUAUAUGAAAAGAAGGAUCAGGAAUUCCACACAAAUGAGCAAAUAGAGCUUUUAUUUAAAAACACACCAGUCAAUAUCGAUGCAGGGAAAUUUAAGAACAAAACCACAAACCUAUGGGAGGUUUUAAUAUCUGCAUAUAUAUCUGAGCAGAAGAGAAAGCAACUCCUGGAACAAUACAAGACAAAGACCAUUACAAUUGAGGAGAUGAUUGAAAUUCUUACAGUCAUAAUUACAGAAGCCUCGUCAAAAGAAAGAAAAUUCAAAGGUCUGAGAAAGCAAGUGUCUGCCAGUGAGCUUUAUGAAUCCAAAAUUAUUUCCAAGGAACUUUUUACACAGAUUAUUCAAGGAGAAGUGACUGAGGAAAAUAUCAAUAAAAUGGAAUCAAUUCAGAAGUAUCUUGGAGCCACAAACUGCAUUGCUGGAGUAAGAGUGGAGUCUACAAAGAAAAUCAUGAGCAUCUAUGAGGCCAAGUGCAAAAAUUUGCUAACCCCUGGAACAUCUCUGGUUUUACUGGAAGCACAGGCUGCUACUGGCUUUGUCAUUGACCCAGUGAACAACAAGAAACUUUCAGUGGAGGAAGCUGUGGCUCAGGGAGUUGUUGGUAAAGAGUGGAAAAACAAACUGCUGUCUGCAGAAAGAGCCGUGACAGGAUAUAAAGACCCAUACACUGGAAAUACAAUAUCUCUGUUCCAAGCUCUUCAGAAAGACCUUAUAGUAAAAGACCAUGGCAUCCGUCUGCUUGAAGCUCAGAUUGCUACUGGAGGCAUUAUAGACCCAGUUCAUAGCCACAGAGUCCCUGUUCAGGUGGCAUACCAAAGAGGAUACUUUGAUGAAGAAAUUAAUCUGAUUUUGUCUGAUGCUGGUGAUGACACUAAAGGUUUUUUUGACCCCAACACACAAGAAAACCUCACCUACCUUCAGUUAAUAGAAAGGUGCAUCAUAGAUCAUGAUCUUGGUCUGGUUUUGCUCCCCAUUGUAAAGAAAGGAGAAUUUUACUUCUUUGUUGAUGAGGCAACCAAAGUCAUUCUAAAAUCCAAAACAACCAACAAAGCAGGUGGAAAGUACAAAGACAUCACUGUGUCUGUGUGGGAGCUGCUUUACUCUAAAUACAUCACAGAAGAGAAGAGGAGAGAGCUGGUUGAACAGUUCAAGUCUGAGGCAAUAACUAUUGACCAAUUGCUAGAGAUUCUCCUGACAAUAAUCCAACAACAGACCACAACAAGUACAACUACAACCAUCACCACCACGACAGUGACAAAGACAAACAAAGCUCCUACAUUUCAUGGGAUCAGAAAAGACGUCAGCGUUACUGAGCUGUUUGAAUCGAAGAUCAUCAGUGAGGACCUUUACAAAGACAUUAUUGAUGGAAAACUAACUGUAGAGGAGAUCACUGGGAUGGAGUCUAUCCGAAAGUAUCUUGAAGGAACCAACAGCAUCGCAGGAGUUUAUCUGCAAUCCACCAAAGAAACCCUGAGCAUUUAUGAGGCCAAACAAAGGGGCCUCCUGACUCCUGGCACUUCACUAGUUUUACUGGAAGCACAGGCUGCAACUGGCUUCGUCAUUGAUCCGGUCAAGAAUAAAAAACUUUCUGUGGAAGAAGCUGUGGUUCAGGGAGUUGUUGGCCAAGAAUGGAAAGGCAAACUGUUGUCCGCAGAAAGAGCCGUUACAGGAUAUAAAGACCCAUACACUGACGAAACAAUAUCUCUGUUCCAAGCUCUCCAGAAGGACCUUAUAGUUAAAGACCAUGGCAUCCGUCUGCUUGAAGCUCAGAUCGCCACUGGAGGCGUCAUAGAUCCAGUUCACAGCCAUAGAGUGCCUCUGCAGGUGGCAUACCAGAGAGGAUACUUUGAUGAAGAAAUGAACCGAAUACUUUCUGAUGCUGAUGAUGACACUAAAGGCUUCUUUGACCCAAACACUCAAGAAAACUUGACAUAUCUCCAACUGGUUGAGAGGUGCACGACAGAUCCAAAAACUGGACUGAGCUUGUUGGUGAUUGCGAAGAAAGGAGAAUUUUACUUCUUUGUUGAUGAGGCAACUAAACUCAUUCUGAAAUCCAAAACAACCAACAAAGCAGGUGGAAAAUAUAAGGGCCUCACUGUGUCUGUGUGGGAGCUGCUCUACUCUAUAUACAUCACAGAAGAGAAGAGGAGAGAGCUGGUUGAACAGUUCAAGUCUGGAGCAAUAACUAUUGACCAAUUGCUAGAGAUUCUCCUGACAAUAAUCCAACAAAAGACCACAACAAGUACAACUACAACCAUCACCACCACGACUGUGACGGAGACAAGCAAAGCUCCUCAAUUUCAUGGGAUCAGAAAAGACGUCAGCGUUACUGAGCUGCUUGAAUCACAGAUCAUCAAUGAGGACGUUUACAAAGACAUUAAUGCAGGAAAAUUAACUGUGGAUGAAGUCAGUGGGAUGGAGUCGGUCCGAAAAUAUCUUGAAGGAACUAACAGCAUCGCAGGAGUUUAUCUGCAGUCCACCAAAGAAACCCUGAGCAUUUAUGAGGCCAAACAAAGGGGCCUCCUGACUCCUGGCACUUCUCUAGUUUUACUGGAAGCACAGGCUGCAACUGGCUUUGUUAUUGACCCAGUCAAGAAUAAGAAACUUUCAGUGGAGGAAGCUGUGGCUCAGGGAGUUGUUGGCCAAGAGUGGAAAGGCAAACUGUUGUCCGCAGAAAGAGCCGUGACAGGAUAUAAAGACCCAUACACUGACAAAAUGAUAUCUCUAUUCCAAGCUCUUCAGAAGGACCUUAUAGUGAAAGACCAUGGCAUCCGUCUGCUUGAAGCUCAGAUCGCCACUGGAGGCAUCAUAGAUCCAGUUCACAGCCAUAGAGUGCCUGUGCAGGUGGCGUACCAGAGAGGAUACUUUGAUGAAGAAAUGAACCGAAUACUUUCUGAUGCUGAUGAUGACACUAAAGGCUUCUUUGACCCAAACACUCAAGAAAACUUGACAUAUCUCCAGCUGGUUGAGAGGUGCACGACAGAUCCAAAAACUGGACUGAGCUUGUUGGUGAUUGCGAAGAAAGGAGAAUUUUACUUCUUUGUUGACGAGGCAACUAAACUCAUUCUGAAAUCCAAAACAACCAACAAAGCAGGUGGAAAGUACAAAGGCAUCACUGUGUCUGUGUGGGAACUGCUCUACUCUAUAUACAUCACAGAAGAGAAGAGGAGAGAGCUGGUUGAACAGUUCAAGUCUGGAGCAAUAACUAUUGACCAAUUGCUAGAGAUUCUCCUGACAAUAAUCCAACAAAAGACCACAACAAGUACAACUACAACCAUCACUACCACGACUGUGACGGAGACAAGCAAAGCUCCUCAAUUUCAUGGGAUCAGAAAAGACGUCAGCGUUAGUGAGCUGCUUGAAUCACAGAUCAUCAAUGAGGACGUUUACAAAGACAUUAAUGCAGGAAAAUUAACUGUGGAUGAAGUCAGUGGGAUGGAGUCGGUCCGAAAAUAUCUUGAAGGAACUAACAGCAUCGCAGGAGUUUAUCUGCAGUCCACCAAAGAAACCCUGAGCAUUUAUGAGGCCAAACAAAGGGGCCUCCUGACUCCUGGCACUUCUCUAGUUUUACUGGAAGCACAGGCUGCAACUGGCUUUGUUAUUGACCCAGUCAAGAAUAAGAAACUUUCAGUGGAAGAAGCUGUGGCUCAGGGAGUUGUUGGCCAAGAGUGGAAAGGCAAACUGUUGUCCGCAGAAAGAGCCGUGACAGGAUAUAAAGACCCAUACACUGACAAAAUGAUAUCUCUAUUCCAAGCUCUUCAGAAGGACCUUAUAGUGAAAGACCAUGGCAUCCGUCUGCUUGAAGCUCAGAUCGCCACUGGAGGCAUCAUAGAUCCAGUUCACAGCCAUAGAGUGCCUGUGCAGGUGGCGUACCAGAGAGGAUACUUUGAUGAAGAAAUGAACCGAAUACUUUCUGAUGCUGAUGAUGACACUAAAGGCUUCUUUGACCCAAACACUCAAGAAAACUUGACAUAUCUCCAGCUGGUUGAGAGGUGCACGACAGAUCCAAAAACUGGACUGAGCUUGUUGGUGAUUGCGAAGAAAGGAGAAUUUUACUUCUUUGUUGACGAGGCAACUAAACUCAUUCUGAAAUCCAAAACAACCAACAAAGCAGGUGGAAAGUACAAAGGCAUCACUGUGUCUGUGUGGGAACUGCUCUACUCUAUAUACAUCACAGAAGAGAAGAGGAGAGAGCUGGUUGAACAGUUCAAGUCUGGAGCAAUAACUAUUGACCAAUUGCUAGAGAUUCUCCUGACAAUAAUCCAACAAAAGACCACAACAAGUACAACUACAACCAUCACUACCACGACUGUGACGGAGACAAGCAAAGCUCCUCAAUUUCAUGGGAUCAGAAAAGACGUCAGCGUUACUGAGCUGCUUGAAUCGCAGAUCAUCAAUGAGGACGUUUACAAAGACAUUAAUGCAGGAAAAUUAACUGUAGAAGAAGUUAGCGGGAUGGAGUCUGUCCGAAAAUAUCUUGAAGGAACCAACAGCAUUGCAGGGGUUUAUCUGGAGUCCACUAAAGAGACCCUGAGUAUCUAUGAGGCCAAACAAAGGCGCCUCCUGACUCCUGGCACUUCACUAGUUUUACUUGAAGCACAGGCUGCAACUGGCUUCGUCAUUGAUCCGGUCAAGAAUAAGAAACUUUCAGUGGAGGAAGCUGUGGCUCAGGGAGUUGUUGGCAAAGAGUGGAAAAACAAACUGUUGUCUGCAGAAAGAGCCGUGACUGGAUAUAAAGAUCCAUACACUGACAAAAUGAUAUCUCUGUUCCAAGCUCUCCAAAAGGACCUUAUAGUUAAAGACCAUGGCAUCCGUCUGCUUGAAGCUCAGAUCGCUACUGGAGGCAUCAUAGACCCAGUUCACAGCCACAGAGUCCCUGUGCAGGUGGCGUACCAGAGAGGAUACUUUGAUGAAGAAAUGAACAAAAUUCUGUCUAAUGAUGAUGAUGAUACUAAAGGCUUCUUUGACCCAAACUCUCAUGAAAAUCUGACGUAUCUCCAGUUGGUUCAAAGAUGCAAAAUUGAUCCAAAAACAGGACUAAGCUUGCUUCCACUUAAGAAAAAAUAAUCCUGUGGUUAACCAAAAAAAAAAAAAAAAAAAAAAAGAAUAACCUACAUAUACAAAAAUUGUGCCUAAUAACUAUUUUAGAAACAAUUGUGAUGUUUAUGUAUAAGCAUUUUUUUUACCUCUUAGGUUUGUCAUAUUUAUGACAGGUGCACUGGAAGGUGUUUUUCAUAUUUUCUUUUAUGCUGUCUAGUUUGUCUGUUUUCUUACCAUUGGAUUCAGCUUUGCACUAGUUUGUAUUGAAUAUCAAAUGCAAAUCUUGAGAUUUGUAAUAAAUGUAUUUCUAUGCA